AGCGCACCGUCACCGAGCGCCGAGCUCUCCCCCGCGCGUCGCCCGGAGCCGACUCACUCCACAACAUGGGCUUGGAGAAGGAGAAAUCCGACACGAGCAUCAUCAUGGACGAAGAGGAGUUCAACAGGUCGAUAGAGCCCAUCCUGGCCAAGAAGGGGAUGGCGUACGCGGAGGAGCCGGACCGAGACCCCGGCGACAUCAACGCGCACUUGAAGCUCGGGUUUGACGAUGUGAUCGCGGAGCCGCUGUCCUCUCACAGCUUCGACAGCGUGUGGAUCGGCAGCCACGCAGCCUUCGAGCUGGUUAAGUUCCUCUUCUACCGCGUCCUGAGCACGCUGCUGGCCGUGCCCGUGGCCUUCGUCCUGGGCGUGCUGUUCGGGGUGCUGAGCUGCAUCCACAUCUGGCUGGUGAUGCCGCUGAUCCAGAGCUUCAUGAUGCUGCUGCCCUCGGCCAAGGCGGUGUGGAGGAGCCUGACCGACAUGUUCGUCAUGCCGCUGUACUACAGCAUGGGCAAGGUCCUGUCCUCCGUCCGGGUGCACGUGACGGAAAACUGACACUGGCCGGAGGAAGAGGAGGAGG